CAGACAGUGGAGUCAAGAUGGAUGGGAUUUUUAUAGCUCGGUUGCUAAGUCUUCAGACUCCGCAGAGGCUGGGAUACAUCUGAUAUCAGGGUUCCAAGUCUUCAAUCAACCAAGAGAGAGGCCAAUAUACCAUGACAUAGUGUACCAUUUCCGAGAUAUGACUCCUCAGGAACUGCAGCAUAUUCCAAGAAAUUUCAGAUAUGGCUGGUUUUGCACUACACUGUGUAUAGAGAGCAGAUGGUUUCUACCUUGGCUUAUGAGAAAAUUUCGGUUGAAUGGUGGACAAGUUGAGCACAGAACACUGCACAGUUUAGCAGAGUUAGCAGACACGUAUGAUCUGGUGGUCAACUGUAGUGGACUGAGGGCAAAGACAUUAGUUAAUGACCACAAGAUGUACCCAGCAAGAGGACAGAUGCUAAGAGUUGAGGCCCCAUGGCAGACACAUUUUAUCUAUGAUCUUGACUCGGGUCCUUAUAUUAUACCCUGUGCAGGCAAUGUGGUUGUUGGUGGACAACGUCAAGUCGGAAACUUCAAUCCAGAGAAAGAUCCAAAAGAUACCCAGAAUCUGUGGGAAUGGGGAACUCAGUUAUCCCCAAGCCUAAAGUCAGCCAAGUUGCUGUGGGAGUGGGUGGGGCUACGGCCCCACAGGGACCCCCCUCGUGUAGAAAUGGAACUCCUGAAGUUGGGAAGCAGAUCGUUAAAGGUAAUCCACAACUAUGGUCAGGGUGCCAAUGGAAUCACGCNCACUGAAGUUUGA